UCCAUACUAAUCAACAACGAGAAUGUCAUACGCUUGUGCGAAAAGUUUCUGGUUAUACUUUAUGGUACUAACUAUUUUUAAACUAGAAACAACAGCCUUUGUCAAAAAGAGGGCAUACCAGACCUCUACAAAUGGUUCGUAUGAGGCGUUUCUUGGUUGUGAUGGUGACAUGGACACAUUCUCUCUGACAGCUGAAGUAAACAGUGACUGGUUAAUGAAAUUAGAUAAAUCAAUCAGAAUUAUUUGGAUAUAUGUCAGCAUUAGAGCAGGUACCUAUAGAAUUUCAGUUAAAGAUACAGAAAGUGAAUAUGUUAGUUGUGCAAACAUCUCUAAACCUAAAGAUAAUGCACAGAUUAUGAAGAAAAUAAUAACAUGCAGCGACUCGGAGUUCAAAUAUGGACAUAAAAUUUUAAUCACGUCCUUGGAGGAUAACCCGAUGCAGAUAUAUGAAGUUGAAAUCAUAGGAGUUUCCCAAAUAAACCAGGCAAUUAUUUGGAAUGUCUCUGACUCGGUGGAUACAAAAUCAAAAGCUUUGGAUAACAACUUAGAUACAUUCUACAGUUCAGAAGAAAGAACUAAAGCUUCGUGGAUUCUAAAACUUGAUGCAACAUAUCUGAUGAAAUGGUUUCUUAUUUCUAUAAGGGGAGGGGAAUUUGAAGUACACAUUACAACUGGAGACGUAGAGUUAAAUUUGACGACAUUGUGUAAGCGUUUCAGUUUGCCUGGAAUUAUACAACAUUACACAGCAUUAGAAUGUGACAAGGGAAUGUGUGGGGAUACAAUAGUUUUAAAAAAGAUGGAUGAAGACUCUUUGCGAUUAUUUGAAUUUAUUCCAAUAAUAUGUCCUUCAAAUCACUUCGGACCAAACUGUGCAAAAUGUCCACAGAACUGUCGGUCUUGUGAUUCUAUCACUGGGGUGUGUAUCCAAUGCCAAGAGUCGUACUAUGGAAAGUUUUGCCAUCUUAACUGUCCAGUUAACUGUCUCAAUUUGAUAUGCGACCAACAGACAGGAUCUUGUAAUGGCUGCAAAGAAAGAUUUGAAGGAAAAAGUUGUGAACUUGAAAUGGUUUCAUUGAGUAUAUCUACAGGAAAUACUCGAGUUUUAUUUGAUGAAACCUUUGACAAAUCAACUUUAAUAGACAAAGAAGCAACUGAAGAUGGCAACAACGUUGACCAGAUCGUUCUAUGGUGUAUGUUGGUAAUCCUCUCGAUACUUGCUGCUGUUGUGAUUAGUCUUUUUGUUCAUAGCAAGAAAAAAGGAAAUCCAAUAGUAAAAAACAUUGAGGACAAUGACACUAAUAUAGAACUCCACAGAGAAAUCUCCACACACGAGUCUGAUCUUGUGGAGAUUGUGGAGGACAAUCCUGAUGACGUGGAGGAGGAAGUCAUCACCGUGGAAUACAAUAACUUGACGUCAAAGAGGGUGUCUAUAAAUAAGUUCUUAGAGGAUUUGCCGAGCAGAAUAAAUAACGGUGCCUUGGAGGGAGAGUUCAAUGAUCUUCCAAGCGGACUACUGGAAUCAUAUUCGAACGCGUUGAAGAGUUUCAACAGAAACAAAAACAAAUAUAAAGGAAUCUACCCGUAUGAUCACAAUUGUGUUAAGCUGACAAGAGAUGACAAUGAUACUGAGGGAUAUGUCAAUGCAUCCUACAUACACGGCUAUGGAAAAGAAAAGGCAUAUAUUGCAGCACAAGGUCCUUUUAAUCCAAGAACGUUAGAAGAUUUUUGGGGAGUUUUUUGGCAAAACGACUGCAGAAGAAUCGUUAUGCUUACAAAUUUGUAUGAAGGAGAUAAGAUGAAAUGUUUGAAGUACUGGCCAGAUAAAGAGCUAAAUAUUGGUCCAUAUACCAUUGAAUUGGACGGUAUGGAUGUGUUUGACUCGUACGCAGUGCGGUAUUUGACGGUAAAGUACCAGGAAGAAGUGAAGAAAGUGACACAAUUCCACUUUACGGCCUGGCCUGACAACUCCGUACCAGAAAAUGUGACUUCGUUGAUCAGCUUCCGGAAUCUCGUAAGGAGUGGCCUAACGUCUUCAGAUGGACCAAUAAUUGUUCACUGCAGCGCUGGAAUUGGUAGAACCGGUACAUUUAUCGCCAUCGAUUAUCUUCUGGAAGAGGCCACUGUUGAGCAAACUGUUGACGUCAAGGGAUACGUCAUUUCACUUCGACAUCAAAGUGGGAAAUCCAUUCAGACAUACGAACAGUACGUCUUUCUUCACGACGCUGUUGUUGAGGGCUUCACUAACACCAUUGGUCAACAAAGCUGUCUAGAUGCGCUAUGAUGGACGGAUCAGCUACGACGUCGGAUAAAUCUGUUUAUCUUUGACAUACACAGGAAUGGUAGUGAUUUUACAAACGAAAAAAACGAUGAAAGAUUAAAAGAAUAUGUAUUCCAACGUUUGUUGACAACUCUACAGAAAAUAAUUUUGCUGCCAUAUUUUUUGCCAAUUGUUUUGUUUAAAUGUGCGAAUAAGGUUUCAAUAAAUGACUCAUACAUGUAUAUAGAAUGCAAAAAACGAUCUUUUGUCAAACGAUUUAGGUAAAGCAUGUUUGAAUUUAAUAUCAUCUUUAACAACAUGUUUUUGCAUUGUUCAAUUAUGUCAUGUAAUUUAAUGCACAAUACGUCAUCCAAUUUCUUCCCUAAAAUUGAUCUAACAUUGGUCUAGACCGCUGAGUAGAUUUUUAUUUUUGAAACACAGAUAGUACGAUCCACCUGUUUUUCUAAAAUAUCAUUAGUUAGAGUUAAACUAUAACGUCGGGUGUUUAGUCUACAUAAUGACAUCAUGUUUCAUACGUAAAACAUAAAACUUUUUUCU